AUGAUUUUCGAAUUUGUCUGGUACGUGUUACCAUUAAGCUGCGUCGUCGGUUUGACCGGCACGUCAAAGGAAUGCGUGGGCAAAGCGUGCACAGACAAACCGCCUAUGACUAUAAGUACUCCCCUUAAAGCCGUGACAGUAUCGAGUCUUAACGGUAAUGAAUCUACGUCGAUCAAUAUCAGUUACAAUACGACCACCGGAAACGGCACCAACGUCGACAAAUCCUUCGGUGUUAUCUUGAUUGAAACGCCUGUGCCACAUGCCAACGACACUUUUGUAAACUAUACCAUCUCGGGGUCACCCGCGGUGGUUCAAAAUGCUAGCAGUACGAUCGCCAACAACAAGACUGGCAAUGCGGUUUUGCCUGUCAACACCAUCGAAACGACGACAGCGACAACGACGACGACGACGGCAGGACACGUUUUGGGAUAUGUUCAAAACACAGGUGACCAAUAUUGCGGUUGUGAUUUGAUCCAUGGUGCUUGCGAUAUCAAUUGUUGUUGCGACACGGACUGCAUGAGCAACGAUUUAAAGACCUUUACUUUAUGUUCAGAUAAAACGGUUUCCGGGUCAAUAAAGCCCGAGUCGAUUUUGUUCGACUCGUCGUUGUUCUACGUCGUGCUGGACAACGUACCGAGCAAUUAUUUUUAUCCUGAACGAGAGCCAGUCGAAACAGAAACACAAGUAAAUGCAAUACUUCGCAGUCGCGGUGCAAUUGAAUGGCAUGAAUCUAGUCAAGUGGUCGAUACCAGAAAUCGCCUUGAUUUAACUUACGGGUCGUUACAUUGGAUGUACGUAGUUUCCAACGUCAACGGCAGCGACUGGAUGGCUUUUGGAGUCAAAAACAGUGCGUUUAGUUCACUUUGCGCUAUUCAAGAACCCGUCGAGUACUUAGUGAACAAAGAAACCACAUGUGAAGUGUACAUUCAAAACUUAACUGAGAUGUGCAAAAAUAAUUCGGAAUUAAGUUAUAAAAGGUUCUACCAUGACCGAGAAUUCAGAGUAGUUCAAACGACAUACAAUCAAUCGUCUAAAACCGAGAAAGUUGGAUUGGUCGAGUUGAAAGCUUUCGUACAGCAUUGCUUAAGAGCUGCAAACGGAUCAUACAGCUGCUGGACCAGACCGGAUCAUCCACCUGUCCCUCAGCUCGGUGGAGAUAGAACUGUGUGUCGUAAUGCCGUGGAGACAGUUGAGUACUUGAUUCGACAUAACGGCACUAGGGGUGUUCGGAAGUUGGAAGUACGCUUUUACUACAAAGAUUUGACGUUCGGUGUGGAGCAAAGUCCCGUUUUCUUUAGACAACAAAUCAUAGUGAAGUUUGCGUGGGUCAACCAAAGCGCCACGGCGUACACUCGUAGCGGAAAGCCCGGUUACACAACCGGAAACCGGGUAAUCAUUGUACGGCAAAAAGGUGAUUCCAACGCGAAACCCUCUAAUGGCAUAAUGGCAAUGGGCACGCUGAGUCUACCUGGUUCUAACGGCCGAGACUGCGAUCCCAAGUCUAGACUAUCCGUCGAUUUCAACCAGAACGUCAACACCGAAUGUUUUUAUACAUGGAAAAAAGAAGAAUCCGUGCCUUUCGUAGAUUCCUGCAUUCGUGUGCAAUCUAAGGUUAUUUCAAUAUUGGGUGAAUUCCAAGAUAUUAUGGUUAGCAGUAUGGGCGAUCCGGUUGUAUCCGUGUGGAUUCCGAUAACUGUCGCUAAGCUUACGCUGGACGACCAAUGUUCAACUUUUAUCAAUAUUGUCAAGAUUCAUGUUUUCUAUUCUUAUGUUGGAUCAUUUGAAAACCCGCAGGCAACAAUACACGGUAUCCUGGUUAACUUUACUUCCACCAUAAACACAACUCAAAUAGCACUAGUAAAACCAACUAUAGAAAUUCCAAUCAAGAGCAGCGUCAUAUUUGUAGAUCUUACUAAACCGCCGAUCAGAGAAUUUGCCGAACCUCCGACAUAUGAAUUUAGGCUUCCUGAAGAUUUUUACUAUCCAUUUUUAUCUCACGGAUCCAAAUUACUCUUAUAUCCCAAAUUAAAUUUAUUUUUAAUGUUGACUGUAAUUAAUUUACAAAUUAUAAUGUUUAAAUAAUCACAGUUACUUUAAAUAAUAAAUAUAAAGUUCAAA